CUCUGCUAGACCAACAGUGACAAAAAUUUUAAUAUUUUGGCAUUUAAGAAAAAAUUGUUUUGCAAGCCCCGAGCCCCAGGAGGAAACAAGAGUAAGUACAAAACUGCACAAUAUUACUAACAAAAAAAAAAAAAAAAAAGAGAGAAAAACAGAAUUAAGAUGCGAUGAAGAUGUUCUGAGAGGGUGGGGGUCAAUACGUUAGCCAUUUUGCAACUAACUUUAAAUAAAACUUAAUAAAUAAGGCUUAAUGCCAUAAACGUAAGACUCCAACAGCAAAUAGAUAGGUGAAGAAAAUAAGAAAGUAAUCUCAAUAAAAAGCAAAAUUUCAAGAAGGCAGGGAUUGAUGGAAAAAUAUGGUGGUGUUUGUGCUAUUUUUAUUAAUGAUGUCACUUAAUCUGCUCAAAAGGUGGGAAGUCAAAAAAAAAAUAAUAAUACAUUUUCCAGCACACAUUACUUCUGAUUGUUAAAUAAAAUUAAACCAACAAAAUGAUAAAUACUAGCCAGGACCUACUUCCAAACAACAUAAUUUGUUCAGUGGAAGCCUUAGCUACCACAGAUGUGAGGCCAAGAAACACGACCGGCAAAGCAUCAAGGAAGGAUGAGUGAGGGGCUAGCAAGAGUAGCGGAGCAUCUUUUGAACUGGCCUGCUUGCCUUUCACGUUUACCCAAUACAGUCCUCCAGCAAAAAAUACGCCCCGGCAAAGGACCAGAACAAUGGGCCUCAAAAAUCUAUAAAAGAUAUUUUUGAUGAUGACAUGAUAAAAUUGACCAUUCUUUCAGCAAAAUUUGGCAGUGACUUCUUAUUUGAACUAAGUGCUUGAUGAAAAAAUGGGGAAUUAUUGCUGCUAAAUGAAUGGCUGCUAGGAGAGGGUGGGGAAGUGCACACAUGGAUUUAAAAUAUAUAAAAACUGUAAUUAAAGAUAAUAACAUUUCUCACUCAGCGAGAAUUAAGAAUAGAUGUCAAGAGGGCACUAAAGAUUUAAGUAUAAUGAUAUAAUAUAAACUAAACUUUUCUUUUCAAGGUAUAAACUUUCUUUAACUGGUAAAACAAAUUUUAUUUCAUUUGAUUUUUAAAAUUUUUAAAUUAAACAAAAAUCAUCAUAAAUUAAAGCUAGCAAAUUAUUUUAGGAAUUUAAACUAAUCAAAGGCAGAUUAAAGUAAUAAUUCUCAUGCAACUGACGUGGUAAGCAGUAGCUAUGGUAGCAGUCGAUAUUGAUUAAAAUGUGUAUAAACUUCUACACUAUUACAGAGCUUUCAAACUAAAAUCAAAACAAAUGUACAAAGUAUGAAUACUUACAAGCGCCAUCCAGACAUAGGUUUUAAUUUAUCCUCUUCAGAUCGAAAUGCUACAGCAAGAGCUGCAAAUGGCCAUGCGAGUAAUAGCAGAAGAAUAACAAGAACUAAACGAAUUGGAGCAAUUGUGACCGACAUGACAGCAAUCUGAAGAACAAAAAAUUGAUACAAAAAUAAUUAGUGAAAAUAAUGAAAAGAGUAGGCUAACAUAAAUAAUAAGUAAUAACUUACUAAUUAAAGUAAAAAAUUUAUAUAUUAUUCAACCUUAGUUAUAGUAAUCUACCAUUAGUAAGCAAUUAGUCUGAUUUUUUGUUUAAAUGUGUCUGUUUAACGUCUUUAAUCUUUCAAAUUUAGUUUUAUUUAGUGCUUAUAGUGUUCAGUCUCAUUUCAUUUAGGACUAUUCCUACUACUACUAGGCUAUUCAAAUGGUUUCAUAAAGUUUAAAAAUUUAAGUUUUAAGGCAAAGACAUAAUAAAAUUAGUAAGUACCCCCCUUUGACUAUGACCUAUGAUGCCUAUGUGUAUAACUAAGUAGCCAAGUAGGCCUAAUGAUAACUAAUGCUUUGCCUAUAAUUUAUAAUAGCAUAUAAUUAGACACUGUUGCAUGAAUAUAUAGUAUAUAUAUAGGCCUACUAUUAAUUUAUAUUAUAAAUUAUAGUAGGCCUUAUUGAAUAGGCCUAGGUCAAGUGGGAAUGUAAAUUGUAUUAGUAGGCUUUUUGUAAGUUGACAAGUUGUAGUCAAUAGACACUGUAAUGUCUGUAACUGUAGUGUUAUGGGCCUAAAACUAAAGAAACAGUCUCAAACUUACUAAUUAGCUUAUUAGCUUAUAUUAGCCUAUAUAUUAAAAAUUUAACUUAAACUUAAACUAAAAAAAAAUAUUAAUAUAAAAAAAUUAUUAAUAAUAGUAGGCCUAAAUUAUUAGUAGGCUAAUGCCAAAGUUAGAGCCUAAACUAAGAUAAGUUUUUUUUAAAAAGCCUUUAAAAAAAAAAAUAAGCCUUACUUAAAUUUUUUUUAUUUUUUUUAAAUUGGAUAAAUAUAUAAUAAUAAUUAUUGGUAUAUUAUUUAGGCAUUUAGGCUUAGGCCUAGUUAGUUCUAUCCUAAUAAUAUUCCUAAGCUUAUGGCCCAAGUCUACAUAUUCAGUAGUAAAUAGUAGGCUUAACCAUUAAAAUUAAUUGACCCAUUCUCUAGUUAAUUUUAAUACGAUUGUUUCCAUAUUUUAAAUUUUUGUUUUGGUUUAUUUGUUUUAAUUUUUAAGUUCAAGUUUGCGUUUAGUUUUAAUUUUAUUUAACAGACCUGUAUUUUAUCCCGCAAGCUCAACUCAAGUUCAUGCACAAAUGGAUUAGUGACGUCUGGCAUUCCAAGAGAUUUCUGUCGAGGCACAGUAUUUCUUGUCAUUGUGAUAAGAACUAUUAUGACCGGUUUUUAGCGUUCCGAAAAAGUUCAGUGUGUUAUUAGUGUUGUGAAACCAUCGCUUCCUGAUUCACCACAAAUGUGUACAAUCCUCUUUGUCGCCAGAUACACCGUAUUGAGCUUCCGUUAAGACAUGCGCACUUUGGCGUUGUGCGGGAUUAUGGUAAGAUAGGAACUGUGGGAACGAUACGAUUGCUGUGCUGCAACACCCAAGAUGGCAACCAGAUUCAGUAAUUAAAAAGAUAAAUUGUGGGUUUUGUUUGACUGUGAAAUCACUCAAAACUCUGAGAUUUAACAAUGGAACAGCCACAAGAACGAACAGGGAAGCAGUCUGGCGAGUUUAUAGUGGGCCUUAAAUACAGAUUGGUGCGUAAAAUCGGCAGCGGAUCGUUUGGUGACAUUUAUCUUGGGAUCAACAUAACAAAUGGAGAAGAAGUGGCAGUGAAACUUGAAUCUUGUAAAGCCAGACAUCCACAACUACUGUACGAAAGUAAGUUGUACAAAAUAUUACAAGGUGGCGUGGGUAUUCCACACAUUCGUUACUAUGGCCAAGAGAAAGAAUAUAAUGUUCUCGUUAUGGAUCUUCUGGGACCAAGUCUAGAAGACUUGUUUAACUUUUGUUCGAGGAGAUUCACAAUGAAAACAGUACUUAUGCUUGCGGAUCAAAUGAUUGGACGUAUUGAAUACGUACACAACAAGAAUUUCAUUCACAGAGACAUUAAACCAGACAAUUUCCUAAUGGGAAUCGGAAGACAUUGCAAUAAAGUCUUCUUGAUUGAUUUUGGUCUGGCUAAAAAGUACAGAGACAGCAGAACCCGUACUCACAUCCCAUAUCGUGAAGACAAAAAUUUGACGGGUACUGCAAGGUAUGCUAGCAUCAAUGCCCAUCUUGGUAUUGAGCAGAGUCGAAGGGAUGAUAUGGAAUCUUUAGGCUACGUGCUGAUGUAUUUCAAUCGAGGUAGUUUGCCAUGGCAAGGUUUGAAGGCAAAUACUAAAAAGCAAAAAUAUGAAAAAAUCAGUGAAAAGAAAAUGUCAACUCCAGUUGAGGUUCUUUGCAAGGGUUUCCCUGCUGAAUUCGCCAUGUAUUUGAAUUACUGCAGAGGCCUCCGAUUUGAAGAGGCUCCUGAUUACAUGUAUCUACGCCAGCUUUUCAGAAUCCUCUUCAGAACCCUCAACUACCAGUAUGACUACACAUUUGACUGGACCAUGCUGAAGCAAAAGGCAGCACAAGUUGCGCAGUGCACUACAGCUGCUGCUCCCGCUACAGGGAGAGGUUGACACUUAACAUUCAAGAUCUCAUUUCGCUGUCAAUCCUUCCAACAGCACAUCAAACACCACGUAACAAACAAACAGAAUCAAGCAGGGAUUACUGAUGGAUGCAUGUUUUUUCUUUUUUUUGCUCUCAUUUAUCUUAUAUUGUCUACUGUGGCAACAAAAUUAAUAAUUAUUUCAAUUCAUAUAGAAGUAGUAUGACUAAAAAUCCAGUCUAAAUUUAUGUUAUAAAAUAUAUAUAUACAGUACAUAAAUGUAAUUAUCAUUUCAAACAAAAAAAAAAAAAGAAUCACAUGAAAUUUUAACACGAAACCGACUGUCACCACUUUCAUGUAUGAUGUCCAAUUUUUAAAAAGAUUUAAAAAUUAAAAAAAAAAAAAAAAAAAAAUCCAGUCUAAAUUUAUUUUAAAAAAAAUAUAUAAAAAGUACAAAAAUGUAAUUAUCAUUUCAAACAAAAAAAAAAAAGAGUCACAUGAAAGUUUAACACGAAACCGGCUGUCACCACUUUCAUGUAUGAUGUCCAAUUCUUAAAAAGAUUUAAAAAGUAAAAAAAAAAACAAAAACAAGAUGAUAUUCAAAUAAAGAAACUUUUUUGGCUGUACUUAUUGCUGUUUUUCAUUAUUUUUUAUGAAUGUAAUUUGUUAAUAUAGGUAGAUAAAAAAAUUCUGCACCACUUCAUGUGAGGGAUCUUAAAAGGAUAAAAGAUAACAACAUAAGCUUAUUUGUUUUAUUUGGUUUUCUUUAAAAAUAUUUACAAAAAUGUUUGUUUUCCUUUUUAUGAUUGUUUAUUUUGCUCCUUUCUGGGACAAGUGCUAGAGUUCUUUGAUGUCAAAGUGAUCAAUUCUGGCACCUAAAGUAGAUUUCUUGUUGAAUCACACAUUUUUGUGGGGGUUGUUGUGUUAUUAUGUGUUAAUAUUAGCUCAUGAAUUGUUCCACUUUUUUAAAAAUCUUAAUUUUCAAAAUUUAUGAAUUUGUUGGUUGGUAUUAGAAUUUGUUUCUAAAAUUUCUAUCUCUUUACCCAGUAAGCGAUAUAAAUGUGUAAUAUUCUGAAGUUUUACCUUUAUUGUUUAGGUUAUGUUUUUAUUUUCUGAGAAAAAAAGUUAAGAUACAAAAAUUUCAAAAGUAAGUGUGCUGAUGAUUACCUUUAAAUUUUAAAUGAAAAUAAAAUCAAUACAUUAUUUUGUAAUUAACUCUGUUAAAUUUCCCAAUGCACCGUACACAGAAGACACUGUACACAGAAGAAAUUAGGGUAUUAAGUUAUGAUUUGUAUGUCUUGAAACUUCAGUUAAAAUGUCUAACAUUUCUUUUCCAAUUUUUAUUUGCCUACAGCUACUCUGCAUAUACAUGCAUACCAUUAUAUGCUAUUUGGUUAUUCAUUAUUACUUUUCUAAUCCUUAAUUAGUUAAAUUAAGGAACUUCAAAUGCCUCUUUCAUGUCACCAUCACAAGCUUACACUGGCUUAAAUUUGCAACUAUCUUACACAUUCUUUCAAAAAUUGUAUGGUACAAUCUUUUUUUCACUCACUCACAGUUCUGUUAGUGUACAGUUGCAGUGAUCAUCAGAAGCUAUUCCUUGCUUUACUUUUUAACUUUGAAAUGAAUCCUGUGGCUUAACAUUGUACAAAUACUGUCAAAAUGUACACAAAAACUACCUGUGCUACCUCCUUUCGUAAAUCAUAGCCAUGUAUAUUAUUAUGAACAUAACUGUGCCCAUGCCUGGAUUUCUUUUUUUUUUUGUAAUGCUAGCUGUGUGUCAGUGUCGCUUUUAUCAUAUCUAAUGAUCAAAUUAUACAACGCAAGUAUAAAGAAAUAAAAAUAUCAAUUUUAACAUCCCUCAAUGUGGAAAGGCCAGCUAAUUUUUUUAUGUUAAAAAUGGAGGACUAAAUCACGGUAUAUAAAAUACACAGUCAUCUAUUGAUUUGUACACUGGUUCUUUUGUUAAUGAAACCAACAUGUAAAAUAAUUCAAUUUUUAAAAUCUUUUUGUGAACGCUGAACUGUUAAAAAAGUUUUAGAUCAUGUCAAUUUUGGUUUUUCUUUGGCUUACGAGUAGUUAAACCCAAAUUUUCCAUUUAUUUUCAAAAUUUUUAUAAGAAUCAACUAUUAAAUGUUUUUAAUUUGUGGUAUACCACAACUAACAACUUGACAUUUUUUUCGUUUCAACUUCCCUAUCUCUGUCUGGAACGUCUCUUCCCAUUUUGUUUGCUGUAGAAAUUUUAUGGGACCACAUACAUUCAGAUGUAGUCUUAGAGUCGCUACCUAUUAUAUUUAUUUGAAAGGUAAACAUAUCGUAACCGAAUUAUAAUUUUUUAAUAAAUUCGCUUCAAUAGGACUAACCCUUGCGCUUUGUAAACACUGAAGGUACUCCAAUGGGCUACUAAUUUAGCCAGUUAAAUGGAACCAUGAAAAAAAAUAUGAAUUUGCUUAUUUGUUCUAAAAUCUUUUCAAGUUCUACUUUUGAUGUGAGCGUUUCAAAGACUUUGUCAUCAAGAUGCUGCUGACAAGUAUUGUACUGCAGAGUAUUUGUGUACCAAGUAUUGACUUUACAACAAGUUUGGUGAAUUUGAAAGUUUUCUUUUUAAACACUGACGUCAUUACAUUUGUUGCUUUUUCUAUUGUUUAUGCUUGUUCUGUUGUUCAGGCUUGUUCAAUUGUUAAGGCUUCUGUGCACUUUGGGGUUAACAAAAUUCAUAUUACUGGUAUUUAUUUUAUAACUUCCUUUAACUUCAAGGGCAUAAAUUAAAUUUUUAAAAAUUACAUUUACUCAAAAUUUGAUCCUCGCGUAGUAUCUCAUAUUUAGCUUUAGCAUCAUAAUUUAACAUUCAACAAUUCAUUUGAUGGAUAUAUUUUCUUGUCCCAUAUGAUUUUAAAGUCCUUUGUCUUUUUUGGGUGCAACUUUAAGUUUGUUGAUUCUGAUGGUUUGAAGAAUUACUAAUUGCUGUGUCAUAUAUGAUUCUGAUUUUGUUGUUACAUUCAUCCUGUUUCUAAGAACCAGUGCUUCUCAAACAUUUACAUUUUAAUGAUAAUUCUUAAAGGACAAAAAUUAUAAAGUCACAUGUGAACUAUUCCUCCAUGUUUUAAAAAAAAAAGUAAUUAAGAAUAACCAGAUUAUAUUACAUACACUCCUGCCCACUGUUAAUCAAAACUUUUCUUUCAAUCUCUUUAAAAAAUGUUCAAGAAACACUGGCGUUCAAUCAACAAGUAAAUGCAAAAGAUACUUAUGUUUCCAUUUGGCUAUUGCUGUGUGUUGAGACUGGAUGUUGAGGUGUUUGGUGUCCUGAAUUCAGUGUGAUUAGCAGUGGUGGUCUGUAAAUGCUCUCAACUUACAGUAAACAUGAUCACCUGCAUUGUGGACAUUUUAGUUUUCUUGAUAAAUCAUCCUAUGAGACUAAAAUGAUUGUGUCCAUUCUAAAUGCCAAUAAUUUCAACAUGAGGAGAAUGAAUCACACUUGUUUAUUAAUUCCAUGUAAAAACACAUGUACAGUUUUUUUUUCUUUUUCUGUGUUUCUUUCCUUGUAUAACAGCUUUUUGAAGCUGUUCUUGUAAUUUUCAUUGUUAAAUAUUGUCUGAGUAGAAAAGUCAACCAUUUCUAUGGAUUUCUUUCUUGUGAAUUUGCUUUGAAAUUCCUUUUUUCAAAAUAUACGUUUUUUAAAAUUAAAUUUUUGUUGGUCUGCUUAUUCCCCGCCAUUUAAUUAAAGAUAAAAUAGCUCAUAUAAUUAUAAUUGAUAAACAUUACAUAUGUAUGUAUUUUAACUUAUGGCCAUGUACUAUUAUUAUGUUUUGUUUCAUUUUUAUGACAUGGAAUUAUUGGAAUUACAUAUUUUAUUUAACUUUUGAAAAAUUAGUUAUUUGUCAUUUUGAUAUGCUUCAAAUUUUACAAAACUCCGAGGAUGACUCUGGUCUAGAAAGAUUUUCUUAAAAACAUUUACCAGUUAUGAAACUAAUGUUUAACAGAUAUUUAUUUAUUGCUUGUAAUGACUGGGUAAAUUUGAAGAAUGACAUACUUGUUAAAAUCUAUUUUCUGAAUUUCAAUGAUUAUUUAUUUCUGUCCUUGAAUAACUCUGUGAAAACAAGAAUUAAUUAGCAGGUGAAAAUACUGAGAUAUGUUCCUAUUAGUUUGAUAUAUAUUUUUGAAUCUUCAUAUUUUUAAAGCCUGGAAAUUUCAUUAAAACUCAUUGCUCAAUGCACAUGUUGGCACAGGUCAAUGUAACAAAUGAUUCAGUUUGGCUCAUUUAUCCUGUCCUGUUUGACAGUUUUGUACAUAAGAGAUGGAGACAGCAGCAAGUCAAGUCAAAGCACACCAAGCACUGUUUGACUGUUGGAUUAGUUUUAAGUACAAAAUGAAAUCUACCCAGAAAAACAAAGUUUGCUUUACUUUGCACAAUGCUCUUAAAAUGACAUUUCACAAUAGAAGAUAUAAGGAUAAGACACAAUCUUCUACUGUAGCAGUAUCAGAUACUUUUGUCAACCUUUUUUUUUUUUUUUAAAUCUGUAUAGUUUAUUUAGUCAUAAUCUCUUUAAAUGCUGGUCUAACUCAAUGAGGCAGAUAUUCCACCCGUGUGCUACUUUUGGGUUAACUUUAUUUAUCAGAUACUUUUGUCUUUCUUUUUUUUUUUUUUAAAUCUGUAUAGUUUAUUUAGUCAUAAUCUCUUUAAAUGCUGGUCUAACUCAAUGAGGCAGAUAUUCCACCCGUGUGCUACUUUUGGGUUAACUUUAUUUAAGGUGAGCCGUCGUCGGUCAUGCCGAUCAAGCAAAUGAGUUUUAUUUACCUUCCUCCUGUGUUGUAUUUACUGAAACGUUAACGUGGUCGUCCAUCAUCUUGCUGUAUAUAUUUCUAUAAUAAUGUUCACCAUGGCUAUAUUAUCUGUUGAUUGUCCCUGCACAGCCAGUACACAUGUACUCAGAUGAUCAUUGAAUCAUUUGCUAAAUGUCAAGAUCUUUGUCAUUUGAUUAAGUAAAGAAAACUAUUUUAUACCAACUGAAAUAUUUGUUGAUGUAGAAUCAAGUAUUGCCAUUGUAAUGUUUAAGUAAGUUUGUUGUCAGGUACCAUUGGAAACAAUUUUUUGUAUCAUUAGAGCUAAAGUUAAAUUAUUUAUUUGUUUCUAAUAUUAUUUCUUUUUUUUUUUGUUAUACCAUUUUUGUAUAAGACUAAUGAUGGGGAGAAAGACGACCAACACCAACAAGAAAGUAAAAGCAAGUGAAAUUAAUAUAAUGAUGAUACAGUAAACUAUUGGCUAGCACUAGCAUAUAUUAUAAAUUGUUUUUUUAAAAUGUCAGCUAAUCUGGUAAAUAGAGUUAAAAAUUAAUUGACGUCUGUUCAUUAAGUAGGUAUUUAUUUUUAUGGCAAUAUAUACCAGCACGCCAUCUGUGAUUGUGUCAUUUAACCCUUACCCGCCCGUAUGAUAAGGAACAAUUAUUGCUAUUUCUGCUUUUUUUUUCUUUCUAUGAAGGGUACUAGAUACUACUGUAACAGAUCAUAGAACUUAACAUUUUCUUCCAUACCAUGAGGUCAGAGCGGAACAUAUUGGCAUCGGCUGUAUAUUAUAUGUGUGCUUCUUAUUCAUGAAGAAUAAAUGUAGACAUUCAUAAAUGAAA